UUUGACAGUAGCAUCUCCACUGAGUCAAGCCUCCGCUCGUUCUGAUUCAAUAAUGUGAUCUCCUUUUCCUCACACGGACCGUCUCCCCUCUCCUCUCUUUUUUGCUGCCCUCUCUUCCCAGAGACGCCCGAUGCGCACUUUACGCUCGCAGACGCACUUUCCUAAACAGUUCCCUUGAACUUUUUUCUUUUCUUUCUUUCCUCUUUUUCUCCACUUGCGCUCCUCAUCGCCGCGACGAUGACCACCAUGGCAACUCCUGCCACUCCGACCCUGCUUCCCGCCGCUCCGCUCGGACACCACCCGGUACCGAGCUCCGUCUCCCCGGCCACCAACUCCCCGCCACCCGCGGCCACCUCCGCCGCGUCCUCCCCGGCCCCGCCGGUGGCGCACCCGGCGCUGCUGCACCAGUUCCGGGCGGAGCUGCUGCUGCCCAACGGGACCCCGCUGAAGGGCGGCGGAGCGCCGCCGCCGUUGCCCGCGGGGGCCAAGCCCGUGUACGCCACCGCGUCGCCCGUGGAGAGCACGCCGCAGAACAACGAGUGCAAGCUGGUGGAGGUGAAAGGUGCCAAGCUGGCGUCGUUCACCGUCCACGGCGCGGAGCUCAUCUGCCUGCCGCAGGCGUUCGACGUGUUCCUCAAGCACCUGGUGGGCGGGCUGCACACCGUCUACACCAAGCUGAAGCGGCUGGACAUUACGCCGGUGGUGUGCAACGUGGAGCAGGUCCGGGUGCUGCGGGGGCUGGGGGCCAUCCAGCCCGGGGUGAACCGCUGCAAGCUCAUCUCCAGGCAGGACUUCGAGACGCUCUUCAACGACUGCACCAACGCCAGCUCGAGGCCCGGACGACCGCCCAAGAGGCUGCAGAGCGCGACGGAGGGCGGGACGCACCACAUGCUGUCCCACGGCGGUCUGAUGCACGCUGGGAUCAUACCUCCUGCAGAGUUUUGCUUGUCUAAGAAGAGCAGAGUCGGACAAUGGGCAAAUCGGCACGCUGCGACGAUGAACCUGUCGGUAACACAUCAGAAUUUAUAUCUUUCGGCGCUGGCCAAAAAGAUCAAACUGGAGGCCAUGGCGGGUUACCACAGCAGCCAGCAACACGGCGGGCCGAACGGAGAGAACGGGGACCACAACCCCGGUCUGGUUUUGGACCAGUUGCCCUUCAUGAUGAUGUCACAUCCUCUGAUCCCUGGCAGCCUGGCCCCGGCCUCCGUUUCCAUGGCAAUGGGCCAGAUGAACCGACUGAGCACGCUGGCCAGCAUGGCCAACGUGGCGCAGCUCCACGCCAACCCACCUGCCAGGGCUCCCACCUCUGUCAUUAAGGAGCGAGUGCAGGACACCCCUUCCCCUUCUCCUUCACUGGAGGAAGCUCAGAUGUCAUCCAAUCACAGCAGCAGCUUGUCAAGUUCACCGCUCCAUAACGAGCGCACCGCAGAAACCACACAUCAACUUCAUGACGGCCUGUCGUCGGGUCACGCUGUGCUGGGACACUCUCCUGGUAUGGUGCAGGGUACCAGAGAGACAGAUGGGACGCCAGUGGAGUACAACAAGGAGAACAAGAGGAGCCACACUGACAGGGAUAACAGCUCCUCGGCCGCUCAGACGACCAGGGAGAGCGGUGACAGACAAGUCUACCAGAAACCCCCGUCGAGCAGGGAGGGCUGCGAGAGGCUGUCUUACCCUGCAGGACAGAAGCUCCCAGCAGGUCUCCACCACGCUCCCUUCAUCUUCCCGGAAGGCCUGUCCUCCAUAGAGACCCUGCUCACCAACAUCCAGCAGGGUCUGCUGAGGGUUGCCAUAGAGAACGCCCGGGCGCAGGAGAAGCAGGACCAGCUGGAGAGGACGGAGCUGAAAAUGGAGCUGGUCCGAGAGAGGGAGCUCAGGGAGACGUUGGAGAGACAGCUCAGCAUGGAGCAGAAGAACAGAGUUCUGAUACAGAAACGUCUAAAGAAAGAAAAACGGAGUAAGAGGAAAUUACAGGAGGCCUUAGAAGAGGAGGUCAAGCUCCGUGAUCAGGCAGAGCACACCCUGCUGCACACCGCCAACACCCACAUAGGCCAUCAAUCACUGGCGGCGCCCGCUCACGCGGAACCCGUGACCCAGGACGCCGACGGGAGCGGCCAUGAUGACAGCGGGCUGGACAGCAAGGCGACACAAGGAGGAAGUUUUCACAUCUGUUGGCAGCUUUCAUAAAAACAGACAGGACAAUAACAACCAGCAAGGUGGUGAAAAGAAUCAUAGUUUUGAGAAAACGGCUGACUAAUGCUGGGGGAUGACUUAAUCUAAAGUCCACCGAAGACUUUUGAAGGGAUCUGGGAAAACAGACCUCUUACAGAUGAAAGGUCAGAAUCGAGGUGUGUAUGCACACUACCAUAUUUAUUUCUUUUGGAUUUCAGAGGCCAGAGUUUUCAUGCAAACCACAGGGAGGUACUGAGGUUCAGGACCGAGCAGAUGGACGUUUCGGGUGGACGGAUGUAUGGAUGAAACAUUGAUGGAGAUCCCUCAUUUUUGACACGUACAAUCGACUGGCCUGCUCAGUCCAGCAGUGGCAUCUGAGACACAAAUCUCUGCUUCCUGUACAUCUCAAGAGUGACAUCUGUGUGGUUUAAUUUAUUGCCCCUAUCAUCAAUUCCCAAUUGGGCGGAGCAUUUUAUUUUGAUGUUGUGUUAAACUGUGUUUCUUUUAAUCAAAGUUUUUAAAUUGUAGGUUAAAAUGACCAUAGUUUGCUUUUUUUUUUCUGUCCGUACUGUUUGUUUCGACACAAGUGAUGGAUAUAACUUGUAACAGAGGUGUGUACAUAUAUAUAGUCAUCAUUUUUAUUAUUAUUAUUAUUAUUGUUAUUAUAAUAUGAAAAACAUGGCAUGUUGUACAGUCAGUAAAUGACUCGUAUUGUGUAUGUUAUGCAGUAGUGCCGUUUGACAAUACAAACAAUACAGAUCCUUUUUAUUAAA